AUGGAUAUCGAGAACAUGACGCGCCGCGAGGUCCUGGACGCUAAACUCGGCGAUGAGGCGCGCCAGAUCCAGCCCCGCCGCUUCGAGAUCGUGCUGAGGUGCGUCGCGCGUCGCCCGUCCAGCGACGAUGUCGCGAGAUUCUCACACCCAACCCAACCGAGGAGGGACGCAAUUUCCGCUCCUUUCCCCCCGCCGCGCCGCGCGCUCUCGCUCACGCGUCCGCCCCUCGCGACCCCUCGCAGGAAACCGCUCGCGCCCGUAAACGGAUGGAGCAACGUCCUCGCGCCGAAGAGCGCGUUCAAGACCCCAGGGGUCACCCCCGGAGGCGGCCUCACCCGCCGUGUCAGCUUCAAGCCCGACCCGGCGGUCGCCGACGAUGCGGCGUGGCGAUCCCUCGAGACCCCGGCGCAGCGACCGCCCGCGUCGCGCCGGCGAGUCACGCACCGAAGGGCGGGCAUGCGCGCGCGCAAGGGAACCGGACGCGCCGUCGCCGCGCGAACCUUCUCGCUCGUCCUCCGCGCCCCGCACGAGCGCGUCAACACAGCUGUACGCAGCGGCGACGACGACGCAAACACUGAACCUGGCGACGCGUCGCGAGCGAACGGCGCGAGGUCGCAGUCCGCGUCCGCGGACACCGGCAGUCACGGCGGCAGCGGCGGCAGCGUCAACGCCGGCGACGCCUUCGACGAGGCGCGCGACCUGGGGCGCUACUUCUCAUCCGCCAAGCCCGGGAUCGACGUCGCGCCCGCGGUUGAUACCCCCGCGUCGGAGGAUGGGUUCCACACUCGCGUCCCAGCCGCGGGCCGACCCAGCCUCGUUCCCUACGCGCUCACGCCCACGGAUACAGAGGAGGGCACGUUCGCGCACGCCGCCGGCGGGUCCCGCGGCGGGGCCCCGGCGGCGCUCGCCGAUGCGUCCGACGCGGCGGCGAUGGGCGGAAACCCGGCAAUGUUUGACGACGAUUUCAACGACGGGUUUGGAUUUGAAGGCGGCUACGACGGCGACGACGCCGACGCGUUUUUCGGGGCGACGCCCGCGGCCAUUGAGGCUAAGAUGCUCGUCGACGGAGGCAACGAUCCGAUGACGGACCGCGGCGAGGGCAAGAAACCUCGCACUCCUUUGCGCAGGCUCGCCGGCGUCAAGAGGCCCGCGGGGACUCCGCACAAGCGCGAGCGCAAGAGGUUUGAGCGUCGCAAGUCGUUGACCUCCGCGGGUUUGAGGGACGACUUGAUGGAGACGGAGGAUGGCCGGCCGCUCCGGCGGUCGACGCGCGAGCGCACCAAGCCGCUGGAGUACUGGCGCGGCGAGACGAAGAAGUACUCGCGCGUGCAUCAGUCCUUGCCCACCGUCGAGGUUGUCCGAACCCGAACCCCCAACCCCGCGUGGCCGCUGUUGCCCACCCCGUACCACGCGCACGGCGCGGGGGGCGAGAUUGUCAUCACCGACCACGUCAGGGACUGGUCGCAGAAGGACUCGAGGCGGAAGAAGGCGACGCGGCCGACGGAGGAGGAGAGCAGGCGCGCGGGCGAGGAGGCGAGGAAGCGGGCGCUGGCGCUGGCGGAUGUGGCGCACCUCUCCGACUCGGAGCUCGACGACGACGAGCUUCCCGACGAGGUUGGCGGGGUCGAGUUAAACGGGGAGGACCGAGGAGUUUCCCCAUCCGAGGGUAUCGAGAUUGUCGAGGAAGAGGAGGAGACACCGGCGAUGGCGAUUGAACCCGAGGCGGCGCCCGAGCCCGAGACCGCGGACGCGACCGUCGACGAGGAGGCGGCGGCGGAGGAGAAUGUGACCCCCGAGAAGGAGGAGGAUGAGGCUCCCGAGCCCGUCGUCGUCGAGGUGCCCGUCGUCGUCGAGGAGCCCGAGGAGGCCGUGCCGGCGGUCGACGAGUCCACGGCGGUCGAGGUCCCCGAGGAGGUCAUGCCGGCGCCCGAGCCGUUCGCCGUUGACGACGCCGCGACCGAGGAGGUUCCCGCGAUUCCCGCGCCCGACGUCGACGUCACCGCCAUGGAAGAGGAGGAGGAGGUAAACCUGGAUGAGGCGGCGGCGACGACUUUGGAACCGACGAUCGAGCCGGUGGCCGAGGAGACGGCGGCGGCGGAUGGGACGAUGGCGGACGAGCCCGUGGCCGAGGAGAACGACGCGGACGUCUUCACGAGGCCCGAGUCGCCCCCGCGACGCGUCACGCGGCGGUCGGCGAGGAACUUGCUCGACGAAACAGCAGACGCGCUCGAGGAUGCCACCAUCGACGAGAAGGAGGACGGGGCGGCGGAGCCGGAGCAAGCGGAGCCGGAGCAAGAGCCGGAGCCGGAGCCGUCGCCGCCCCGCAGGGUCACCCGCCGCUCGAGGUCCGCGUCGCUCGCGUCGACCGCCGACGCCGACAAGACGAUGGAGGCUGACGAGGAGGAGGAAGAGGAGGAGGUUGACCUGGAGGCCAAGACGGUUUCGCCCCCGCGUCGAUCGACACGGCGGAGCGCGCGCAACGCAAACGUCGACGCAGCGGACACGGAGGCGAAGACGGUGUCGCCAAAGUCCACCGGAAGGCGGGUCACCAGGCGGUCGUCGCGCGCGGCGUCCGUCGCGGGGGACCUGGACGAGACGGUGCGCGUCGACGAGGACUGA